AAGCGUCCCAUCUUCGGCACAUAUUACAUGCGUGUCGCACACACACUCACGCACACAAAACAGAAGAGGGGGAAAUAUGGCAGCUGGCGAUUAGGCAAAGAAAAAAGUGCUUAAAUUUUUCUGCAAUUUUCCCAGAAAAGGCGUCACCGGACAAAAAGCCCACAGGCAGCAGCAGCAAAAGCAGCCUCUUAUUGGGUUACAAAAGGUCCCCAUUUCAAGGCAACAUGGGAAGAACACCAAUAAAAGAGCAAAGGGAUGGCAAAAAAGAGAAACAAACAGCAGGCACGACACCAGAAGUAACCAAAGAGUCUUUUGCCUGGGAAGAAUAUCUCAAAGAAACGUCAUCGUCACCGGCGCCACAGAGUUGUUUUCGUCAGGCUCACAUCCCACCGUCCAACGACUUCAAUGUUGGCAUGAAGCUGGAGGCCCACGACCCCCGCAAUGCCACCUCGGUGUGUAUCGCCACCGUCAUGGGCCUGACGGGAGUGCGCCUGCGACUGCGCCUGGACGGCAGCGACAACAGCAACGACUUCUGGAGGCUGGUGGACUCCUCCGACAUCCAGCCCAUCGGCACGUGCGAGAAGAAAGGAGACAUGCUGCAGCCGCCAUUGGGAUUUCGCAUGAAUGCCUCCUCGUGGCCGAUGUUCCUACUGAAAACCUUGAACGGAGCGGAGAUGGCUCCGGCGACAGCCUUCAAGAAGGAGCCCCCAAGGCCCCCCCAGAACAGCUUCAAAGUGGGCACGAAGCUGGAAGCAGUGGACAAGAAGAAUCCGCAUCUCAUCUGCCCGGCCACCAUUGGCGAAGUGAUGGGCGACGAGGUCUUCGUCACGUUCGACGGCUGGAGAGGAGCCUUCGACUACUGGUGCAAGUACGACUCGCGGGACAUCUUUCCCGUGGGCUGGUGCUCGCUGACCAAGCACAGCCUGCAGCCCCCUGGCAAUAGCGUCACUCUCACGAAGAACCCGCCUGCCUUGACAUCGUCGCCUUCCAAGCCCAGCAGGCGCUCCCUACAGGCCCCCUACAGACUGCCCCACCCGCUGCCCAGGCUGCCCGUCAGGAAGGGGGUACGCGGUCGCCGGCCCAAGAGUGAGACCCUCGCUCUCCUCAAAGCCGCGGCCGAAGCCGCCGCCGCCCAGAACGGCAACGGCUCCAUACAGGUCACACCUCGACCGCAUAAGAAGCGAGGCCCAAAACCCGGAAGCAAGCGAAAACCCAAGAUUCUCCAAAGCUUGUCACAUUCAGGUGCCCCCGCCAUCCGGGUUCAACGCGGCAGCCCCGCCAGCCUGCCCACUGUGGUAUCGACAGUUUGUGUGUACGUCAACAAACACGCAAACUGCGGCCCGCAUCUGGACCGCAAGCACCUGCAGCAUCUGCCGGAUCACUUUGGACCGGCGCCUGUGAACUCCGUGCUCCAGCAGGUGGUCCAGUCCUGUUUAGACUGCGCGUACCAGCCCAAAGUGUUGCUCGACGCUCUGCAGACGCACUCGGGGAGCGGAAAGGUGGUCAGAGUGAGAACAGACGAGGGGGUCCGCGCGGUCAAGCUGCCUUUGGCCUCUAGCGCCGCCUUCGUGCUGCGCUUCCUGGAAACGGUGUGCCGUCACCUGCAGUGCGACAACCUGUUUAGCAGCCAGCCGUACAGCCACUACGCCGCUUCUUACGACAGGACCAAGGCAGUCAAAGAGGAGGCACUGGACUCGCCCUCGCUGGGCCGUUUGGGCCAGCGAGGCCUAGCCGGGGUUUCGCCCCUGUACGCCGCGCCGCUGUCGCCCAAACAUCUACGCACAGACACCCACCCUUCGGAAGCCGAGACUCUUCCGCACGAAGAUAACGACUUACUGAAGGAGCAGCGCUACAUGGGCUCCGCUUCCAACUCCAUGAUGCCUCGGCCGCUUAUGGCACGCAGUCGUUCUGAGUAUUGCUCCUCGCCAUCCGGCGCCACCCCCAUGCCCCGUCGACUCUCCUCUAAUCCCGCAGAGUUGGUGUCAGCGCAGCUGCGGCGAGUCGAAGCCAGCUCAACCACUGGGCCAGAGAGCAGCGCCACGGAGAGGGAGGGCUGGCAGACGCCCGCGAGAAACCCAUCGUCAUGGUCCAUAGACGAGGUCAUGCAGUUUGUGAGAGACGCCGACCCUGCGACAUUGGCACCGCAUGUUGAAUUAUUCCGAAAACACGAAAUCGACGGCAAGGCACUGAUGCUGCUACGGAGUGACAUGAUCAUGAAGUACAUGGGCCUGAAGCUGGGGCCCGCCCUCAAACUGUGCCACCACAUCGAGAGGCUCAAGCAGGGCAAAGUGUGACCCACAACUUGAUCAUAGAGGACAGCAAGAAGACCCACUAGUGUGACCCACUACCUUCUCCAACUUUUGGAGAGUGAAGGUUUUCCCUCCAUAGUGUUCUUCUGACUUUCUAUUAUCCGUGAUGCACCACGGAGACUGAAGAAUGUUUCCCAACGCAUUUUGUUACACACUCACACCUCAUGCCGUUUAACGGCGUAUUAACAAGGAAUGGGAACCAUUGACAACUACAGUGAAGGGGAAAGGAACCAAGCCUUGCAAAUAGAGAAAAUCUGCAACUAAUUGACACUCUUACCCGCACUUAUGUCACAUGCCAAUCAGUCAUUAGCGUUUGUUCGAGCAUUGAAAAGCGUAUAUAUCAAGAGGUGAAUGAGGAGGCAGUACCAAAGGUAGAAAAAUGCAGCCCAUUUAAUGCCUUGCUGUCUUUGUCCUUCUUCUUCAUCUGCAUUUCGCAGUUAGCAAACAACUGUCGAUUAGGGGUGUAAAUCGCGGGUUUUGUCACGAUACAAUAUCGUAUCGAUACAAAGACUCACGAUACGAUAUUUGCCGAUAUCUUAAAGCCUGCUGUGAUUCAUUCACGAUACAUCACGAUAUAGUGCUCUACGAUCGAUAUAGAACAAUAUCUUGAUUUAUAAAUUCAUACGCAAAAUAAACAAGGUACUGCAAACUCUUUAUUUAGGAAAUUACAAAGUGCUUCCAAACAAAUGACUUGAAGCCCAAAGGCGAGCGAAUUUCCUCGUUUUCUUGGACACUAGCCAUAGCACCAGCCCAGGAGCCGCGUAGUUGUCGGCUCCCCUUUCACGUGCCUGCUCUGCUCACGACACAACACGCCGCGCACUGCUCCCGGAAAGAGGAGGCAAGCAACAAUGACCUGGAUUUCAAAAUAAAGUUGCGUCUAAUGUCUGAGGUCAAAAACGGGCGAUAUAGUUGUUUACGUUUAGCAUCGAUGCCAACAAAUCGUAGAGCAUUAUAUCGAUUAAUUGAUGUGGAUCGAUGAAUCGUUACACCCCUACUGUCGAUACAUUGCUGCCACCUACUGUACCUAUGCCGUCAAUUAAAUCUACGCAAGCAAAACCUGUUUCAUAAACAAACAAAAAUGAGAUCAAAUAUCAAAUGCCCAUCCCUGAUGUGACUCAUGAACUCACUACAUAGUCAAGUAUUAGUCGAACAUUUCCUAAGAAUUUUAUAUUUGAUUUUACUUAGUAUUUGUCAGCCCACUCUUCCUGGCUUUAACACACGAGCAUGCUGCCGAAUGUAUAUUUUGUAAAUGAUGAAAUUUUUUAGUCUAUUUGUAACAUGAAAUAGGAAAUACUGUCCCAACGAGGCGCUAUUGCAAGCGACAACUCUCAGGUCAAUGGUGUUUUUUAGCGCCAUCUUUUAAACGCAUGCAAAUUUGUGAUUGAUUGGGUUAUGUUUUUAACCUAACCUCAAUUAGGUUUUUGAUAAAAGUCUUGCGUCAUUUGCUGAUUUUUAGAUGUUGAAGCAAAGGAGGGAGCUUCCCGUUUAGUCAGGCUGUAAUCUCUAAUUGGAGAAAGGGCUUUGCCACCAUUUUCAGGCAUCUUUGUGAAAUUGAACACAAAGACAAUUAGGAGGAUACGUUUUAAAAAAUUCCUUCACUCACAAAUCCUAAAGCACAAAUAUGUGGGUUUCUUUGUUCUUUUCUGUUGUUGUUUUUGACUAAUAUAAAAGAUCCAAUCAAUGCUUCCUCUUUCUGUCAAUUUGUAUUUGAAACAUUUCUUAUGAUAUUGCAUUAGAUAAAAGACUUGUGUUCA